CGGUUCGCUGUUAAAGUUCUAUUGCUGUUGUUAAGGCGCGCAUACUGUUAUAUGUAUUCUAUGUACAUACAAACGAGACCGAGAUUUGCCGCAUCGCAAAGCACAGCACAGUACAGACUAUACUUAGAUAGCGCGCGAGUGGUUCGCCGUCGUUGUUUCGUGUUCACAACUUGGUUGCGCCGAAAACGCGAGGUAUACGCGCAGCCGUCGGUAGAAUAUUUCUUUCACAUAAUGCAUACGCACACCAACACAUACGCUUCGCGAGUUUAAGGUGCAAAGCGUAAGGCAAACAAACAAGCAAACAAACUGUGGAGUGGAAAGCGAACAACAAACAAAAAACAUAGAAAAGUGUAAUAACUAGCAAAUAAACAACAAGAAGAAAAGGUAAAAACAAGAAAAAGAGAAGUACAAAAAAUUAGCCUUUAUCCAUACGGUUAGACUCGAAUGCGUCUUCCAUCUUCGCCACUUCUUCGUCACAAUACUCACCUACAUACAUACAUACAUAUUUGUUGUUCUUACACGUUCGGGCCAGUCUAGUUUGGUAUCUGCUUUCGCGCCAGUUAAAGGGUUCUCGCCGGCCUUAUCUGUGCCGCCUGUUAUGCUUUGGUCUUGCUUUUUGGGGCAGCUUUGCUUUCUUCGCGCGAUCGUGUCGCUAGUGUGUGGCGAGUUUUGAACGUAAGCAGACGGUGUUGCGAAAGAAUCAAGUACAACACGAUCGUAGAACGAAGAACGAAGAAGAUGCGCGUUGAGUCAGAAAGGAUGUGGCGCUUGAACUGAGUGAUGACGGAGUGUAGUGAUAGGAAAACAAACCGAAUAGUGAACGGAUUUUAUCGCAAGGCUUUGCGAUAAAGACCAUUUGUGUUGACAUUUGGUGAAAGUGUGAAAAGUAAAUAAAUAAAAAGAAUUAAAAGUAACUUAUCGUGCAGAUUAACGGUGGGACGUUCAAACUAUUUCUCUUUAGUUUUUUGGAGUAAUUCGUGUGCGUAAAAAUGAAUGUGACAUUUUUGGUGAUUCUAUGCUGAAUUUAAAAGAAUUAAAUAAUAAAUAUACAUAUUAUAUAUGAUUGCAGUGAUCAAAAUGUCAAUUAUUGCGAUGUUUAAAUCAAUGUUUUAACGAAUGCCUUAUAAAAAGGCCUGUUGUGCAUAUGUAUGUGAAGAAAUGUGUGUGAAAACAAUAAAAAGUAAGAGAGGUGUAAUAAAACGCAUUAAGUUGUGAAGAUAAAUAUUUUAAAAUACAAUAAAUUCUGCGAAAUCCUUCUUUUAGCAACAAUAAAAGGAAAAUCAAGCAGUUUGUUAAUAUAAACGGUUAGUUGUAAAAUACAUUGUAACUGAUCAAAGACACCCAUCGCACCACAAAUGCCAUUAACCAAUCACAAAAACCUUCAUUAAACUGACGAAUUAACAAAAAAAUCACAAACACAUACAAAAUGUACGCCGAUAAACAUUUGGAAAAGCCCACCGCGCUCAGCGCAGCUACGCCCACAGCGAUGUUGCCCACGCCCAUUGUAGAUAUGCAUGCGCAUGCGCACGCGCACACACAUCCACUGGCGCAUCCACAUCUGCAUUCACUGCAUGCACAACACAUGCAACAUAUGCAAAUGCAGCAGCACCUGCAGCAACAGCAACAGCAGCAAGUGCAAGCACAACAGCCACAGACACAUGCCAAUCAGCAGCAUGUUGCGCAACAUUUAGCGCAACAUCAACAGCAGCAGCAGCAAACGCAGUCAUCAGCGCUUGCCGCUUUGCAGCAACAACAACAACACCAACAUCAGCAUCAACAUCAACAACAGCAGCAUGCGCAUCAGCAGCACGUAAGCGCACAGCAACAGCAACAACAACAAACACAACAGCAACAGCAGCAGCAAACGCAGGCACAGCAACAAUCAGCAAUGUUUACAAGGUAAGUG